AUGUCUACGCCACGCAUCAACUUGCGGCGAGCUACGUCUUAUACACAUGAUAGAGGUCCGCUCUCAUCGACUUCGUCACGCUUCAGCUUCAACCAUCUCCUCUUCACGUCUCCUCCACCAUCUCCUGGCCUGCCGCAGUUGCUCCCACGGCCUCGCAGAUCCGCCACUAUUGCUCGACCAAGCAGGCUCGUCCGCGCACUGUUAAUAUGCUCUGGCAUUGUCUGUUUUCUGUAUAUAGCCGUAUCGUUCUUCUGGCUCGAUCCUGGGCCACACAUCAUCGACACCAGUGCUUUUGCUUGGCCGACCGCCGUCCAGGGCAACAAAAGGAAGUAUGAGAUGGUCAGCCAGGACAGGCUGCCUCACUUUUCCACGCCGGCAAUAGUGAACAGACACGGCAAUGCCAUAUGGACCGUGUCUAUCCCGCCAAACUCUCAUUUUCCUCUCGCUACUGAAGAAUACGUCGAUAUCUGUGCCAAAUGUCGCGAGGUGGCUAGCCGAGUCGACGAGCUGCGCCGCAAGGGACUCGGCAUCGGCAGCUUCGGCAGCUUCGGCGGCUUCAGCAGCAUCCCUGGUCUUGGCGGCAGCAGUAAAACCGGAAAGCAGAAGUCGUUAUCCGCGAAGCAUUUUGUUGACGUUCACGAGGCUGAGCUGGCGGGCUAUCUGGCCGGCAGUGUUUCCAUUGCCACCCUGAUGAACCAGCAAGACGAGGGAAACGAUCUCGUUGGCCAGCCAAAGGGGGGGAUGCUAGACAGGCCUGUGUGCGCACGCAGCUUGACGUUUGUGCUCAGCUCCUCGGAUGCAGGCCUCGGACAGUCGUUGAUGUUUUUGUGGAUGUCUUUUGCAUUGGCUCAGAACGAGGACCGCCCGUUUUUUAUCGACGACACCCGCUGGGCCUAUGGGGAUUACACCAACAUCUUCCAGCCACCGCCAAUUCCAGACUGCCGUCCCCCUCUGCGCCAUGAGAUGCUGCCAUGUCCGCGCCAGGCCCGCCACCUUAUUGUGACUGCCGAGACAGCAAGCGACGUCUUUGCUAUCGAGGACGACGACACACAAAGCGCCGCAAAGACGGCGCAUUUCUUCGAUCUCGCCCGCGUCGGCUACGAGGCUCUUUGCAAGCUGAAUACCGACGAUAGCAAGCAUGUCGUCGAGAGGGUGAAGCAGUUCAAGGACAAGACGGUCAACAAACAGGCAGAGGCUGCAGGGACGGGGGCAGCGAACAGAGGCACCAUUGUCGGCAUACAUGUUCGACGAGGCGAUCGGCACCCGCUGGAAUUUCAGUAUCGCGAGUCGUAUAUGCCGCUCAACCUGUACGCCGAGCGAGCCCACGAGGUGCUCGAAACACGGAACAACAAGCGCACAGCAGCAGGGCAGCUGGCCCGCAGCCACUCCCUGAUGGUGGUGGCAUCAGAUGAUCCGAUGGUGUAUGAUGCGAGCGAGUUUGCCGGCGCCACACGCGCUCAAGACUUCAUCAAGCUGGCAGGCAAGGCAGCAACAGUGAACCAGGAAAAGAAUCGCGAUGCCAGCUACAUGCACAAGUUCGUGGACGAAACCUUGGGCUGGGAGGGCGGCUUCUUCUCGGCCAUGUUCUGGAGCCUGGGACGUCCGGCCAUCUCGGCCAAGAGCAGCUCGUCAGCGGGAGAGACGGCCGUUCAGGAGCCUCCAUCCCCCGAGACGCUCGGAGUGCGCAGCUUGAUUGGCCGUGCCUACAUGAUGGACCUGGUCGUGCUCGCCGGGGCUAGCGAUACCAUUGUGUGUGCUGCCAGCGCCACCGGGUGCAGACUGCUGGCUGUUAUGAUGGGCCGCGAUGCAGCCCAGUCGCGGGGCCAGUGGAUUAACAUAGACGGCAACUAUGGCUGGUGGGCUGCGGAUUUUUGA